UCACAAGAAACAUUUUAGCCAUUAAAAUUUUACAACGAAGCAAACCAGACGUGCAGUUUGACCAUUGACCUGAACUCUGAUUCGUCCCAUCAGCGCCCCAAAAUGGAAACCUAUGAAAAUAGUGAAGAUUUCAAAGAACGAUAUUUACAGGAACCUAUUAAUAACGACCUCUACAAUCCUCACCCAGGCACUGGUGAAGCGAAUCUGGACAAAAGACGAUGGUAUAUUCUACUAAUGUAUUGUCUGACAGCCAUUUUGCAAAAUAUCAUGUGGAAUACCUGGGGACCAAUCCAAGCGACAGCGAGGGCAGUUUAUGAUUGGGAUGAUUACGUCAUUGAUUUAAUGGCUGCUUGGGGGUGCAUUACAUUCUGUAUCGCAAUGAUACCCUUUGCUUGGAUCAUGGAUGUGAAAGGCUUGCGCGUGACGAUGGUUCUAUCAGCUGGACUACAAUUCUUUGGAUCUGCUUUAAGAUGCAUUCCAACUGACUGCAACUCUACAGCAACAGUCCUAAUGCACUCUGGUCAAUUCAUUAUUGGUAUUGCAGGUGGGAUGUACCCAGCUGCCCUCAUAUCUUCAACCUGGUUUCCUCCAAACCAACGCACGACUUCAACAGCCAUCUCUACCGUAUCUGGUUACAUUGGAACCGCGUUAGGAUUCAUCACUGCACCUGCAUUUGUUGAUGAUAUCAAAGAUUCAAACAUUCCCAUGGUUGACAAUCGUUACCACUUGAAUAGCACUCAAGUAAAUAGCUACAAAAGACAAAUCAACUCUCUUUUGUAUUCGGAAACUUGUAUGCAGUUUGUUAUCUUUGUGGCUAUCAUUAUUUACUAUCCGGCAAAACCAAAGACCCCGCCCAGUUUAUCUGCUGCCACAGGACGUGUUGAUUUCAAAAAUGGGAUCAAGAAACUAUUUAAAAAUUAUAAUUUUCUUUUAUUGGCAACAAUAUAUGGAGCAAGUACGGGGGUGUAUGGAGGAUGGUGUUCUGUGUUGUAUCAAAAUUUAUCUGAUUAUGGUAUAAAAGUGAAUGCAAAGUUUGCUGGAUGGCUUGGAUUUGUUGCUGUGAUCAGUGGCGCUUUCUCUGGAGUCUCGUUUUCGUUAUUUGCAGAUCGGUUCUCAGGUCAUCACAAGUCAUUUCUCAUCGUGUUUAUGGCUCUGUCUUUUUACACCACUUUACUGAUCUGCUAUAUUUUUACUGGAGUUAUCUCGUUUAACGAAAUCAUUGUCUACAUCAUGUUUGGAUUGAGCGGUUUCUUUUUAAAUGGUACAAUUCCAUUCUUCUUCGAACUUGGUGUAGAGAUCACUUACCCAGUGGCUGAAGGAAUAACUGCCGGUAUGAUAACUUUCUUCAAUAACAUUCUGCAGACUGGAUUUCUUGUUAUUCCGUUAGGAAACUUUGGAACAAAGUGGAUGCUGUGGACAACCGUUUGUACUUGUGCAGUUUCCACAAUUCUUUUACUGUUUGUGAAAGAGACUUAUUACAGAUCAUCAGUAGAUAGAUCUAGACAACAACGUCGCAAUGUCGGAUUUGACCAUAAUUGUGCCAUCAAUUCAUAAAAUUGAGCCAGAAUUUGCAUGUGAUCAACUAUUCACAUGAACUGUUCACUGAAUAAGACUUAAUAUAGGCGACCUGGUCAGCUGUCUGGAAUAUAAACACUGUUACAUAAGACUGACUCUAGUCGCAAUGACCCACAGUCAAGUUAAGCUCGCUAGCUUCGAAGCUUUUCAUCCAAUUAACAUGUUUUAUUUUUCACAUUACUCGGUUUUCUUUGUCCUUGAUGGGGAAUAUAUUCAAUAGUUCAAUGGUGCAAUAUUCUCCUCUAAUAUUCCCCCCAAUAUUUGUGUCACGUUUUUUUCCUAAUUCUGACAUGGAAUAAAAGCAUUUCCUUUGUAUUAUUAUAUUAUAAAUGCAAG